AUGGACGUUCCCGGCACAAGGCCUAUUGGCUACGCAUGGCGCUCUUCUACAUGGUUCAUCAUCAGUACCGUUUCCAUUGCGCUAUUCAUUGAAUUAUUUCUCUAUGGAUUCCUCGUGCCUAUGUUACCAUACCUAUUCCAAGAUCGCCUCCACAAAGAUCCCUCACAGACCCAGCGUUUGACUGCUGGAAUACUUACCCUUCAUGGCCUUGUCUCUGCUAUUUCUGGACCUUUAAUUGGACAUUUCGCUGACAAGAUGCCCAAUCGGAGGAAACCAUUGCUUUUCUCGCUUGCGGGGUGUGUUGUGGGAACAUUGCUUGUUGCAUGGUCGCCUUCACUCGUUGUACUUCUCCUCGGGCGAGUACUUCAAGGCAUUGCUGGUUCUGCCGUCUGGAUUGUCGGUCUUGCCACCGCAGCAGAUACUGUGAAUGAAAAUCACAUGGGCAAAAUGAUGGGUCUGAUUAUGUCCUUUGCUAGCGCUGGUAUAAUUAGUGGGCCCAUGGUCUCCGGUAUCCUACUAGAUUCUGUUGGAUACUGGUUGACUUGGUGUGCACCACUAGGAGUCUUGGUUAUUGAUAUCAUCGCGCGUUUGUUGAUGAUUGAAAAUCCGCACCAUUCAAGUCCUGUUUCCUCUGGCGAUGCGGAUGAGACGACGACCCUUCUUCCCGAACAAAUUGAGCCACAUGAUGCAUCUACUACAUUCGGUUUCUGGAUCUUCCUGCUUCGUGACAGUCGCGUCCUAACAGCCUUGGCUGUCACGAUCUUGACCACGGCUAUUCUUACCAGUUUCCAUGCCACACUUCCUCUACACACAGAGGAGGCAUUUGAUUGGAAACCAAGACAGGUUGGAAUAAUGUUCUUCCUGCUCUCUGUCCCAGCGCUCUUCCUCAGUACACCGGCUGGAUGGCUACGUGACCGCAUCGGGGUCCGGUUGCCUAUCACCAUCAGCCUUGCUCUCCAUGCAGUAUUUCAUGUCCUGGUUGGAGUGGCCGGGAAUGACCAUUUUCCCUGGGCAAGCUCGCACCAUCGGGGUCCUGUGCUGUACAUAUCAUCCAUAAUUUGCCUCGGCAUUUUGCGACCUUUUGUCACCGGUGUUGGGCCUGUGGAAGUGACUGCUUCUGUUCGAGAUUAUGAGAAGGCAACUCCAGGCAUCUUUGGGCCUCGUGGGGGUCUUUCUCGCGUUUAUGCGAUGACUGACGUAGCUGCAACCAGCGGGAUGACCAUUGGGCCAGCCGUCUCAGGAUUCCUUCGGGAGAAGGUUGGCUACACUUCCAUGAAUUGGAUCUUCGGUGUUGUUUAUAUUAUCCUCGCCAUUUUCGCCGCGUGUUUUUUGCGAUCGAAAUAG